AUGGGACAUGAAUUCACAGGAGCAGUCGAGGAGAUUGGCUCUGAAGUCACGAAAUUCAAACAAGGAGAUCUGGUCGUCUCCCCCUUCACAGUUAGCUGCGGAUCAUGCUUCUACUGUCUCCGAGGAUACUCGUCGAGAUGUUCCAAAUGUCUGCUGUACGGCUCCGCGGUGUUAGACGGUGGCCAGGCGGAAUACGUUCGAAUCCCUUUAGCAGAUUCGACGCUGUUCCAUUCGCCCCCGGAUAUUGACGAGAGCAAGCUUGUUCUCAUGGCAGAUAUCUUCCCAACCGGCUACUUUGCCGCGUCCAAUGCCUUCCGCGCCUUGGGUUCUGAAGAGAUCAGGGAGAGCACUGUCUUGCUCUUCGGCUGCGGACCAGUGGGUCUCUGUGCACUGGUGAGUGCCCUCGAGUAUCAACCGAAGCAUUUAAUCGCGAUCGAUAGCGUGCCAUCACGGCUGGCGCUGGCGGAAGGCCUGGGGGCGGAGGCGUGGAAUUUCGCAGAGAGCGAGCAGGGACUUCGCGACCGGGUGAAAGAGCUCACGGACGGUCGGGGCGCCGAUGUGGUCAUCGAGGUUGUGGGACACAGCAGCGCGUUGAGAAUGGGAUUCGACAUGUUGCGACCAUGGGGACACCUGUCUAGUGUUGGUGUGCAUAAUCAGGAAAUUCCAUGGACUGGCAAUGAAGCAUAUGCAAAGAAUCUGCGUCUACAGAUGGGUCGAUGUCCUGUUCGAAGCAUCUUCGCACCAGCAAUGGAGCUACUGGUUCGAAAGCAAGACAUGCUGGGGUUCAUGUCCGCCGAUAUCCGACCUCUGUCCCAGGCAGUCCAGGCGUACGAUGAUUUCAACCAAGCGAAAAGUCAAAAGAUCAUCUUUGAGGCGGACAAAUAA